UGUGCAAUUGAAUAAUUUAUUUUUUCUUUCUGAAAGGGUCUGAAUGUGCCCUAAUUAAGUAUACUUUUUUUACACAAUCAUGCUUGCAUUUUUACUUGUUGUUAUAAACCUAACCUCAAAAUUGUACCAUUAUUUUCAGGCCUUGUCCUUUCCUGACCUUAAAAGUCGCUUUAACACUGUAGGUCAGUUCCGCUAUUUUAAUUUUAUCAAGCUUAUGUAAAGUUUUAAUACCAACUCAUAUUCGAACAGUGAUAAUCUCGUUUCAUAAUGUUUUGCACAAUUUCGUUGUUGACAGGUUUGGAGUUCUUAUUUUUGCUACUCAAAAUGUGCGACUGCAGUCCGCAAAGUAUGGAUUUAAAGACACCACGCAAUGUUUACCUAACUGCGUUCUACAAAAGGAGUUUUGCUCACCACACAGUCAAAAAUCGCAUGCCAGUUAUUUUAACUCAAGUCAUUGAUGGUCUUGCUAGAAAUAAGGAAGAAAUAGCUAAUGCACAUGGUGAAGAAGGUCAAAAUGAUCUUAAAUCAGUAAUUGGUGAGCUCUCCAAAUUGAAAUACGAAAUCCAAACGAAUAAAUCGCUGAGAAAAAUUGUAUCCGAUGCUCCAGAUGUGAAAUUUUACAACGAUUACAUUACUGGACAAUCUGACAAAGACGGAAAUGUUACGUUUUUUUCCGUAAUAUGGCUGUUAUCUGAAUGUUAUAUGUACAGAAGAAUCAGAGAAGCAUUUGAAGUGACAAAUACAUUAAAAAAUUAUGAUCCAUUUUUGAAGCAGAAGAGGGAUUCCCAUUUCCAAGCAUUACCUGUUAUGGCCAAACUUGCCCAGUACUUGAUAGAAGUUUUAGAAAAGUCGGACGAACCUAAGAAAGAGGACUUUAUUCAUUUGUUAAAAAUUAAUUUAUGGGGCAACAAAUGUGACUUGUCUUUAUCAAAUGGUGAAAUGACUUCAAACACUGACGAUUUAUUUAAUUUGGAGAGUUUAGAGCCGAAUAUUUUGUGCGAUCAUUCUGAAAAAGUAUGGAUGGCGGUUUCUGGUGCACAAUCAUCGGCGAUUAUAGAUAUCGUGUUGGACAAUUCUGGCUAUGAACUUUUUACCGAUUUAUGUAUCGCUGAUUAUUUAACUACAAAGAAACUAGCUUCAAAAAUCCGAUUUUACGUAAAAACCAUCCCUUGGUUCAUUUCCGAUGUCAUGGCCACCGACUUUCGAUGGACGAUAGAUCAUUUGAGAAUGAACGUGGACGAAUAUCUGAGACAGGUGGGCAUUAAAUGGUUCAACUAUGUCGCAAAUGGAACAUGGGUUGUUAUUGAAGACAACUUCUGGACUUUACCGGUCGAUUUUUCUUACAUGCGUGACGUGAAACCCGAGCUGUACAAAGAAUUGGCCAAAGCAACACUCGUAAUAUUUAAGGGAGAUCUAAACUAUAGAAAAUUGUUUGGUGAAAAAAACUGGGAUCCCACCACUCCGAUUGAUGAAGCAUUGCAAAAUUUUAAUCCGACGAAACUCUGUACCUUACGAACGAUUAAAGCUGAUAUUGUCUGCGGUUUGCCACAAGGUUUAGCCGAAAAAAUGGAGGCUAUAACCGAAAAAUGGAUGGAGACGGGCGAUUAUGGGCUUAUACAGUUUUCCGAAAAAAUUGUCUCUGUUUAAUUUUUGAUCUAAUAAAUCACAUAUCAUGA